AUGUCCAUAUUUCAGGGAUAUCUACAAUACUCUGUGCUUUUUUAUGGCUACUACAGCAAUGUGCGUAAAAUCGGCAGGGCCGGCUACAGACUACCCUUGGCCUAUUUUCUGGUCGGGAUGGCAGUUUUUGCCUACAGCUUCAUCACUUUGCUUAGAAAAAUGGCUAAAAACUCCCGCAUGAGUUUAGCUGGCGCCUCAAACGAGAAUUACACCUUCUGCUGGCGUGUCUUCUGUGCAUGGGAUUAUCUGAUUGGGAACCCAGAGGCGGCUGAGAGUAAAGGGGCGGCCAUCGUCAAUAGCAUCAGAGAGGCCAUUGUAGAAGAGCAAGAAAAGAAGAAAGAAACAAGCCUAGCCGUACUGAUCAGUUUGCGGAUUCUGGCAAACAUUCUGGUGCUGCUGUCUCUGACCGGCAGCAUCUACAUCAUCUACUUUGUGGUGGAUCGCUCUCAGAAACUAGAGCAGGAGAAACCAGAGCUAACACUCUGGGAGAAAAACGAGGUGAGUGUGGUUGUAUCCCUCAUCACAAUGAUUGCUCCUUCAGCCUUUGAGUUAGUGGCACAACUGGAAAUGUACCACCCCAGAACGAGUCUCCGCUUCCAGCUUGCCAGACAAAUAUGCCUUUUGUUUAGAGUUCUGGUGUUGUACCUUGGAAACCUCUACAGUUUGAUUAUUGCCCUCCUGGAUAAAGUCAACAGUAUGAGCUCUGCUAUCACUGGGGGUCCAGGAAACCUGUCUGACUCAACAUCAUACCUAGCAACGAUUUCUCAGCCUGCUGAGGACAACCUGUCCACCAUCGUCCCGGAUAUCACAGAGCAGCGGAACAGCACACUGACCAUGACUCUGCUGGACCUCAACAACAGCAUGAUCACCAUCAAGAGCACCACAUCCUCCGCACAAGCGAUGAGAAUGCAGUCUCUGCUAAACCAGACCGUCCUCUAUGAGUACAACACCAGAUCACAGCAGGACCCCUGCUGGGAAACAUACGUCGGCCAGGAGAUGUUAAAGCUCUCCAUCAUUGAUAUGAUCUUCACGGUGGCAAGUAUCCUGCUCAUUGAUUUCAUCCGGGGACUGGUGGUUCGAUACUUGAGUGACUGCUGCUGUUGGGACUUGGAGAGCAAGUUUCCAGAAUAUGGUGAAUUUAAAAUUGCAGAAAAUGUUCUUCAUCUGAUAUACAACCAAGGAAUGAUAUGGAUGGGAGCAUUCUUUUCACCCUGUCUGCCCGCCUUUAACGUCCUGAAGCUCGUCGGCUUGAUGUACCUGCGGAGCUGGGCUGUGUUGACCUGUAAUGUUCCCCAUCAGCAGGUCUUUAGGGCCUCCAGAUCAAAUAAUUUCUAUCUGGCGAUGCUUCUCUUCAUGCUUUUCCUCUGUAUGUUACCAACCAUUUUUGCCAUCGUAAGGUACCGGCCGUCUCAGUACUGUGGACCGUUCAGUGGCCAGGAGAAGAUUUACGACAUCAUCUCUGAAACCAUUGCCAAUGACUUUCCGCUGUGGUUCAGAAAAGUGAUGAGUUACGUCACCAGUCCUGUGGUGGUGCUGCCUGCUCUGCUGCUACUCUUCAUGCUGAUCUACUAUCUCCAGUCCAUCGCUAGAUCACUCAAAGUCACCAACAGCCAGCUGAGACUGCAGCUGCAGACCGAGAGGACAGACGACAAGAAGAAAGUAUUUCAGUUAGCUGCAGCUCGUCUGCAGGCACCUGAGGGCGGCGAUACAAAGAUGAAACAAGAGAGCGACAUUACUAUUAUGGAGUCGUCCACCCGCUCCGCCUCUCCUCCGCGCCCCAACGGCAGUGUCACCAACUUUGAAUCUCCCGUUCGAAAUGGUAACAGCAUCCGGACCAUAACGCAGUCAGCUUCACGGCCGGACAUCCCUAGAGCCGCAGGAGCGACUCGGAGCCCCUCUGUUCCAGUGCGGCAGAAACACAAAGCAGAGCCUGUGGCCAGUAGUGCUUUCAGAAUGUUCAGCAGCCCCUCCGUUCCUCAAAGACAUGUACAACGAGUGGAGUACAUACCCAUCAGGCAUUCUGGGUACUUGGGCAGCACCAGCAGUUCCUGCUGCUCCAAGCCCUACCACAAAAUGGCCUACAACCCCUGUGCACGGUAUGCCGAAAACAUCCACUCCGAUCCGCUGUUUCGGAAGACCCUUCAGCCUAUGCGCACCGAGCCUGGCGUAAUCACGGCUCAGAGCUACGCGGGCCGCCGGGCACAUACGACACGCUACGUCAUCGUCAACGAACACCAAGCUCGCAAGAAGAUCAUGCGCUCAAAUACACGCAUACCGAGACAUUACCGCCUCAUGGACGAACCGACAGAGAUUGUAGAGCUUUAUCCACGCAGCGUGAAGUGCUACAUUCCUCGUCCUCCUCACCGAAGCCACCAGCCACACCUUAGCGAGGAAGAGGAGGAGGAAGAGGAAGAUCCGAAGAGCAGCUCGAGGAGGGGGUUGUCCAAACAGUCGAACCGUCCAAGAUCGCUGUCAGAUAUCCACCCGACCGCACGAUUCUACAUUGGAGAUACGAUAAACAGUCAGUUGUCCAUGGAGCAGGGUUUAUACGGCAGUGAAGAAGAGGACGAUCAAGAAGAUGACUGGGUGAACGACCCUCAAACAAACAUCCGAGGCCCAGAGUCGGCUCACAGGUAUGGCGAACCAUACAUCAAGCCCAAGACCAAGCAUAAAGUGGAGCCGUCGCUGACCGAGUCGGAUUCGGCAUCGCUGGCAUCCAGUAGUGACCAACAAAACAGCAGCACUGACCAAUACAUCCAAGUCAUCCACAACAAAGAGAAGUACCUGAAGUCCAGUGCCAAGCUGACCAAAAAGAAACCCAAGAACAGCGUUAAACUCAAUGUGUCUGCCACUAAUGAUCUGGUCUGCUCCAACGUUUAACCUGUUUAGAGUUAAAACUAAGAUUAUGGCUCUGUUCGAAAAAACUGGUAAGCUGUCUACAUACUGUAAGCAUUUUAGGUGUACACCAACACCAAGUGUGUUUCGAAAGGUAGGUUGCAUUAUUAUCCUGCCUUCUAAAAUCUGAAAUACAUGAUGCAUCUUUUAAAAUCGGAACAGAUUUGAAAACACUAGGCAUCAUACAUGAUCUGAUGACUUUUCAGUUGUUCCUAGUUUUUGCUAGAAGACAUGUGACAAAUGAAAACAAUAUAUUCUAAAAUCAGCUCAAAAUAUCAAACACGUUUGAUAUCCUCCAGCUGGAUAGAAUCCAGGUGGACCAUCAUACACUACGCAAUUUUCUGUGAACUCUGACUGCCCAAAAUCUGCAGAAUGACUCUGACUUUUGGCAACUAGCAUAAGUUUGUUGUAUUGUAACUCCUGUAGUGUAUUCUAACCUUGAAAUGCCACCUUCUGGCCAAAUUGUAAUUCGUAAUUAUCCUUUACCAGAAUGCACCAUUAGUAACACAGCAUUCCAAACAACUUGGAUUCUCCCAUAGAUACUGUAUUUAUACAUAGAUGCUUUAUUAGUGGCUGAUUCUAUGGGCCACUAUAUGUAAGCCGGCCGACAUAUUGGAAUGGUCAAAGACGGUCCAUGAACACUCAAGAGCAAGUUGACUGUGUGUCUGCAAUAGUUGUUAUAGGCGUGUAAGUUAGGAUAACCCAACUCAUUCAGAGCAGAUCAAUCGAUUCCCAACUUCAAGGAGAAGCACAGUUUUCAAGUUGAUGGCAACUAAAGUGACAUUUUAUUGGUUAUUUUAGGUGGAGGUGAGUUAAUUCUGAGUUCCAAGUUGUUUGGAACACAGCAUGACUAGAAAUUGUUGACAUUGCAAAUGGGGAACUUGAGUAUUCCCAACUCUAACUGUAUCUGAAACACAGCAUACAGUAAAUCCAUCCAAGAUGGUGGAUAGAAUUGAGAGAAAUGUUUAUUGUAAAUAGCGCAUACCAUUAAAUAAUGAAAAAAUAUGUUUGUGGAUAGUGUAGCACUCUGAUAAACCCUGAGUGCCAGGUGCUGUCUAUGGUUUGUGUUUCAACUCAGUCAUUUAUGAAUUCCCAUUGUAGUUAGGAUCCCUGCUUACAAGUCAGCUGCCUAUGUUAGCAGUAGACAGCAUGGCAGCUUAUAGGGUUUGGAACAGAGCCAAUGAUUUGGUGUAGUACAUAAUAGGUUUAUCGUAUAAAAGUUUUGCCUUGUAAAGCACAAAGAAAUAACUAGUCUAUAGUAUACUUUGCAUGUAUCUAGAUUUCCAUUAAAUCUGAUAUAAAAAAAUUAUUAGAAUGUUUGGAUAUUUGUAGACUGUGCUGUCUGAUUCAAGGCUGAACACGUGAAUUCAAGAUUGGGUGUGUACGGAAAUAAAAUACAAAUUUAAGAAUCAACCAGUGAAGAACCCAC